AGGAAAUAUUGAAAGGAGAUCGACCUUGUCGUUAACAUGAAUGCUUUCUUGUUUUCAUCACCCAUUACAGUUGCAGUUUAUGUCAUUAUACGAGUAAACCAGAAACCUGCAUUAUAGUUCAUUAUUCAAUUCGAAGGAUGGAUACUAAGGAGUGGCUCACUCAUAACAAGAGCGAGAUGUUGAAGGUAGCAUUACGAAUGCACGGGAAGACAGAGGAGCAGCUGGAAGAGGAUAUUCAGAUAAUCAGGGAUUGGCUGAAAACUCAACCGCAUUUGCCUGAAAUACCCUGUGACAACCUAAUAAUGAAUUUCCUGCUUUUGCACAAGUUCAGCAUUGAAAAUACUAAGGAAAAACUUGAUAUGUACUAUACCAUCCGGCAUCUCCUACCCGAAGUUUAUGACAGCAGAGCAAAUACUGCAGAAGAUAUGAAGGAGAAUGCUGAUAUUUGUCAUUUCAUCCCUCUGCCUAAAAGAACCGAAGACGGAGACAGAGUCAGUGUGGUCCAACUCACCGAAGGAAGUGGUGAUAUGUUCGAUAUGUAUAGAUCGAUGGGUUAUUGCUACAACACUUUGGAGAUACGACUGCAAGAAGAUGUUUUGACUUCCGACAUAUUCAUCAAUGAUCUACGAUACGUUCGUAUGUCUCACAUUGUCAAAAUAACUCCAAUACACCUGAAGAAGGUGAUCACAAUUCUAGAGAAAGUCUACAACAACAAAGUGAAACAAUUUCAUUUCUUGAAUUGUCCGCCAUAUGCACUGACCUUACUGAAUAUAUUCAAACAAUUCAUGAAACCAAAACUAGCUGCAAGGUUAUUCAUCUAUGAGGAUACAACUUCAAUCACAAAACAUAUUUCCAAAGAUAUUUUGCCAUGUGAUUUUGGAGGAAAUGAGCGGUCUCUUUAUGAACUCAAUGAGAUAUGGAAACACAAACUAUCAGAAUAUAACGACAGAUUCAUUGCAUUGUCCAAAAUGAGAACCGACGAGAAAUUGAGGCCCUCUCCUCUGAAGAAUGAUCAGAUUUUGGGAUACCAUGGCAACUUCAAGAAACUAGAAAUGGACUAGAUGGAUAAGCUACUGGGUGAUUGGUUCACUGUGAUUAUGUUUGAUUGAUAAUAAUAAUAAUAAUAAUAAUAAUAAU